AUGACAUACAGCAGUGGCAGCAGCUCUUCAGGAGGCACCUUCUCGGCUGGCCCUUCUUCCUCUACCUCUCGCAGCCCGUCUGCUGAACCUACCACCUCAGCUUCUACCUCUUCCUCCUCCUCGUCAUCCCGCAAGACUCGUCGUCUGACCCUGGAAGAUAUCCACAUCCCUGCUGGUUUCGAGCUUGCCAAAUUUCUUGGUCCCACUACCUCCUCUUCCUACCCUUCCGAAGAGAACAUUCAGAAGGCUGCCGAAGCUCUUGAGUCCCUUCGCGGUCGCAUGCCCGAUGGAGCUGACGGCCAGGUUGCAGCAUGUGACUACUGCCGUCGACGCAAGAUCCGCUGUGAUCGCAUCAAGCCCACCUGCGGCUCCUGUACAGCCACUGGUCGCAAAUGCACCACCGAAGACAUGCUUCGCAAGCGUGGGCCACUCUCCAAGAAGGAGCGUGCUAUCCUCGAGGCUGCAGGAAUCAUCUUCCGCGGCACCCGUCCUCAUCGUCGUCGUCGAACCGCCACCACCUCGCUCGGCUCUGGUGCGGCGAGCAAGCAGCAAGAAGAGAUGCUCCGAAAAGUCAAGGAGGCUGCCGGUACCAGAACAAGGUCCAACUCCACCAACGAUGGCGCAGUUGCCGGAUUGCUGGCAGAAGGCGGUCUCGAGGAUAGCAAGAGCAGCUGUAUGCAAAUGCUCAGUGUUGCUACACAGGUAACGGACCUGUUUGCAGACAGCCCAGCUUCUUCCCCAAGUGACAUCUCAACGGCGGAUACUUUCCAGAUUGAUGCUGUGGCAUGCGAUUACUUCCUUCCUCCUCAUGGUGCUCCUCUGUUGACCAAGACCAUCAGCGGACACGAAAGUGAUGCGCAAUGGGACAACAUGUGGCCUACUUUCGGUGCUCAACUUCGCAACAAGCACUCGGCCCACGAUGCUGCUGCAGCAUACGGUGCUGGGUUGGCACUUCCCAACUUGACCGCUUUCGCAUGCAACAACAACGGCAUGGACACCAAAGAGGGUCUGUUGAGGACUUCAUCAUCAGCAACCUUCGAUGCAGGAGCAUUGGACCUGUCAACAAGCCACUUCUCUCCUGCGCAAUACCAGAUGCUUUUCCCUCUCAGCACUGUGCCUACCGUCUCGGAACACAACGACCCCGUCGUCGCUGCCAACCUCGUCGUUCACGUUGACCUACAAAUCAUGGCUCCUCAUCACCAGCAGGAACUCUGCCAGCCAUCGGAACAGCAACAGCCAUUCAUCAGCUCGCAAUCGAGCAUGACAGCUGAAGCCAUCGCUUUCCAAACCGCUAUGGACCACUUUUCCCCCAAGAACGACCCUCUUUCCUCUUCUUCCUCCUCUUCAGGUGCCACCGCUGAAGCUAGCACUCCGACCAAACUCGACCAGUUCACCAGCCUCAGCGGUGAUCAGUUCAGCCUCAACCACCUCCAGCAGCAGCAUACACAACAGCAGCUGCCAUUCUCUAUCGCUUUCUAG